AUGAUGAUCCAGGAGGAUGACGCUACGACUGGCACACCCCCAACAACAUCAACAACAGCAUCAACAACCAGUACCCCAACGCCAAGUCCAAAGCCAUUGAACCUGACCCUCUUUGGUUUCAUUGAUUACAACAAGGAUGGUAAAAAGGAGACUAGUGAGCCAUGGGCUUGGGGCGGCCAAGGUACUUUGACCACGGAGGAUGGAACUGUCCUGUCCACAUUCACCUCGACCAAUGGCAAGGAUGGAGUCAAGUACACACUCUACCCAGGUCGCUACUGUCUCACCUUGAAGUACCGUAACGCAGACUACUCUCGGACCUCUGGGCAAAGACAACAAGUACAGCACCGACAAGCCCAAGCACUGCUUCGACCUCAACAAGAACACUGCCCCAUCUGGAACCUUGACCGAAAUGGAGUCCAGGAUCCAGGCGAGCAAUCAGUUGUUGGUGGAGUUGGUUCUCUCACCAAACCAGACGGUACCAUUGUCAGGAACAUGCUACCGGUAAUGUACUAA